GUCCUUGCUAGUCGAGUGGCACCUUGUCAAUCGCUAGCUAACCAUCGAAAGCCGUCAUGCAACUGAAUGCUAAUCAGUUUUACAGUAUACAUAUUACGCACCGUUUUUGAUGCGUAGCCUAAGAAUAGCCUACAUCUUAAUUUUUUUGUGUAAACGUUGAACUUUGAAAAGUGGCCAAACAGUUGGCUAUUCUCCUCAUCAGCAUCCGUAUCUUCACUAUUGCUGCAGGUAUUGCAUAGCAAUUGGAGAAAGAAACUGCAGUUUACAACUUUCCUUUCAUUGACGUCCUUGGUUUGCUCUGGAGUUGCGCUUGGAUUGUUGGUUCAUUGGAAUCUUGGAAGUUUGACGUUUGAAGUUUGAAGAGCUGAACGAGGAUGAAGUCAAAACAGAACGCACGGUGGAAAUUACAGUAAUCUGGAAGACAUUGAUUCGGACACCAGCGAAUGAAUUAUACCCACCUUUUUUCUUCGCUUUUCUCUGCUACUUUAUAUAUCAUUGCAGAUUAUUGUUGAGUCGCAUGCAUACCCUGUGAGUUGAAAAGUGCAAGCGGAAAAUAAUCAGAUAAUAAUUGUACAGGUUACAGCUAAAAUAGCCUCCUAUUCCAGUGUAUUGAUCUCGUGUCUGUUCUCGACUGGACUACAUUACCCCUGUGAUUGAGACUAUCCACGGUAUAUUCGCUUUUUUCUGUGCGUGGUCAGAAAAGAAGCGCAUUGAUUGAGUUGCGGUAGAUAUGGAGGAACAAGCCCGGAUAAUGCAGGCACUCAGCGGCGUGACACUAGCUGGUCAUCCGGUACAAGGAGGCAUGGGACUACCGCCGCCUCACGGACACGAGGGUACCGAUGGGGAUGGAAGAAAGCAAGACAUUGGGGACAUUCUUCAUCAAAUUAUGACAAUUACUGACCAAAGUCUGGAUGAAGCGCAAGCAAAGAAACAUGGAUUGAACUGUCACAGAAUGAAACCAGCGCUCUUCAGCGUUCUCUGCGAAAUCAAAGAGAAAACGGGCCUGAGUAUCCGCGGCGCCCAGGAAGAGGACCCUCCGGACCCCCAGCUCAUGAGGCUGGACAACAUGCUGCUGGCAGAGGGCGUGUCCGGACCGGAGAAAGGAGGCGGAUCGGCAGCGGCUGCGGCUGCGGCAGCCGCGGCAGGGGGCGGAGCCGACAACUCCAUCGAGCACUCGGACUACAGGGCCAAGCUCACGCAGAUCAGACAGAUCUACCACACCGAGCUGGAGAAGUACGAACAGGCAUGUAAUGAGUUCACCACUCACGUGAUGAACCUGUUGAGGGAGCAGUCGCGCACACGGCCCAUCUCGCCCAAGGAGAUCGAGCGCAUGGUCGGCAUCAUCCACCGCAAGUUCUCCUCCAUCCAGAUGCAGCUGAAGCAGAGCACCUGCGAGGCCGUCAUGAUUCUGCGCUCCAGAUUUCUCGACGCCAGACGGAAAAGGCGGAAUUUCAGCAAGCAGGCCACAGAGAUCUUGAACGAAUACUUCUACUCGCACCUCAGCAACCCCUACCCCAGCGAGGAGGCCAAGGAGGAGCUGGCUAAAAAGUGUAGCAUUACUGUUUCCCAGGGCGGGGGAACCACCAUCACAGUGUCACAGGUAUCCAAUUGGUUUGGCAACAAGAGGAUCCGGUACAAGAAGAACAUUGGAAAGUUCCAGGAGGAGGCAAACCUGUAUGCUGCCAAGACCGCUGUUACUGCAGCCCAUGCCGUAGCGGCUGCUGUCCAGAACAGCCAGGCCAACUCGCCCACCACGCCCAACUCUGGAUUCCAGAUGAAAGAUGAGGAGUUUCAGCUGGACACUGCCGAGAGCAAAAACUCCCUUUUAUCCAACAUGUUCACUGGUUCCUCUGCCUCUUUUAGCCUCCCAAACUCUGGGGACAUGUUCAUGAGCAUGCAGAGUCUGAAUGGGGCCUCUUACCAGGGGGCUCAAGUCGGAGCCAAUUUGCAGUCACAGGGGGAUACCAUACGCCAUGCUAUCAGUCAGACAGUAGGAUACAGUGAUGGUCUUCGACAUCCCCUGUACAGCCCACACGGACUAAACGGUAAUGGAGGUUGGCAUGAUGCGCCUACUCCUUCAUCAGUGAUAUCCCCAACAGAAGGGCCGGGAAGUGUACACUCUGAUACCUCAAACUGACCUCACCAACGCUACACAAGACCGCAUCACAAUUCCAAGCUUUAGACCAAUGGAACUGAACCAGAAGGCAAAACAAACCAACUGGCACCUCUAUUCGGUAUAACUCCUCCCCUUUUCUUCUCCGUGUUGGCCAUUUUGGAUUUUUGGUUUCUUGGUCCUCAAAUAUUCUCCACCACCAAGAAUACCAUGAUUGGAUACAGCUUUUUUGUGAGUAUGAAUAUACAUAUACAGUACAAGACUGGAUAAACUAACUAAAUGUUGGGUUUUUAGAACAGGGAAUUGGCUUAUGAAAGGGACAUAUGAGAGAAGCUAAUAUUGAUCCCAAGUAGACUCUGAAAAGCAAGACUUUUCUCAGCCCUCCAGACCUGCUCAUUCAACAUCAUUUCUUCACUUCCCAGCAAAGACUGAAGACUUUUCUGACCCAAUGGAUUAAGAUUUACGUGUAUUGUACAUCUAUUGGGAUAGGUGUGAAAUAUCCAACUCUGUGCUGAUUGGGGUCACAGAAUGCCUCAACCCUUUUUGGAUGGACUUAACUCUCCUCUAGUGGACUUGCAGCAAUACUGAUAAACAGUUGCAGGAUCUGACAGCUUUCACUGAAUGGCAUUAGACAGUUUGAUGGCAGCUUUCAUGCUCUUAACAUAUACUACUUUUAAUCUUCUAAGUCAGAAGUCUCUUGCCAACACUGCUCUCUUCAAUGUUUGGAUGGAUAUAAUCAAUCAUGUUGGAUGGGGGUUACGGAACAUCAAAUGCUGUCAUGAAUCAUUCACAUUUCUACAAUGAAGUGAAAGGCUACUGUAUUUUAAGAUAGCCCUCAUCAUGGUAAUACGAUUGAGAAGAUCCAGUGAAAGUUAUUUCACAUCCAGGAUUUGUUUGUAUGUUGAAAUAGGCCAGGUAAUAAAUUAGAUCCAGGAAGUGGUUUGGGCUUUAUUGUGGAGCACUUCUGAGAUGAUUUCAUUGGUUCCAGUUUGCUGAUGGUAAGAAUCAUCUUUGCAAAAUGAAAGUAUUUUAAAUACUAUUUUGCCCAAUGGCUGAUCAAACUAAAAGAAUUGAAUGACCUACUUCAAACCCCUUAGACAUUGACUACAUCACAUUUGUCACGUAGAAUACUUGCAUACUACCUCUUUAACUUUAUCACUACCAUAACUUCAAGUCUUACUUUUUCAAAUUUAGUUUGAAGAUUUCUUGUAAUUAGCUCUUGUGUUCAUUCACGUAAUCUCUUGUGUAUUCUGAUAUUGUUGAAAAUUAUUGUAACUUUACAAAACAGUAUAGCCUAACUAAAGUAUGGCAGUAGUAAUUGGCGGGGGCAAGGGUUAAUUUUUCUACUGAAUGGACACUGCGGCACCUGCCUUCGAAACAACAUAUCAGGUAACAGAACGAUCUAAGGUCCAAAAGUAUGUCCCGUUGUGGAAAGAAGAAGCUUCCCAUAACAUAAACGCUAUAUUAUUUUACCACUCUACUUUUGAGUAGCUCAUCUUGGUCAAAAGGUUUCUGAAAUCCAGAACUAGCUUUUAAAUACUUUUGUCUGUUGGUCUCUGGAGUAGUGGCAGUUAUGACCUAACGGACCAUGAUAUCGCAACUUAACAGUAAAACUGUUGUAAAUACCGAAGAACAUUUUGAAUGUUACCAAUUUCCCAGCCUGCCACUUACUUCCUGUUAAUAUGAAUUACAAAUCUAAAGGUUUCAGUCUCCAGACCUGUAUAUUUCAGACCUUGUUUGACAGGGUACAGUACAACUACAUUUUUCUUUUUUCACUUCUAAUUUUUUGUAUUGUAUGACAUUUUGAAAACUGAUAGUCAUAAGAAGAAUAUUUGUGGCUGUGGUCCUAAUGUAAUAAAUAUGUUUUGUGUUAAUUUCUAACCACACUAAGUGGAGGAUUUUUUUUAACAAAAAGAGUCCUCUGUGGUAGUUUAUGUGUAGUUUAAACACAAAAAUAAACUUUUGCUUUAAUG